GUCGUUGGCAUGGAUGUCAGAGUCGCACUCCAACUUCUCCACGACAGGAUUGUUGUGGCUCUUCGUCUUUGAAUUUGUUGAACAAUAUUACUGUGUUAAAGAACUUGGCACACGGAGAAUUGACAAUGGAAAGCCAAGGAAAUUGUCUGUUACUGUCGGGUCUGUGCACCGACGUCACGGACAUCCCCGGUGCGCCCACGAGGCGAAAAACUGCAACGGUGGCCCGCGUGCAGCUGAGCCCCAACGAAGAGCUGCAACUGGCCCGCGAGGAGCUGACCCGGCGGCGGAAGCUACGUCUGCAACAGGUGCGUGAGCAGCAGCGCUACCUGGCGGUGUGUGUGCGUGAGCAGGUGUGUCGUCGGCGGCGACAGCAGGAAGGAGAUCUGCAGCGUGAGCUUCGACAGCAGUGGACACACACACACCAGCAGCAGCAGGACACACUCACACGACAGCUCACACACACACUCCACCACCUGGGCCACGCGCACGCCCGCGCCAAGGACCACGAGCUGGACUGGGCGGGGCUUGGCCAGAAGAGGGAGGAGCAGAAGGAGAGAGCUGUGCAGAGACACGCCCACGCCCUCAAGCAGCUGAAGAUACACACACACACACAGGAGCAACAGCGGACACGGCACAUUCGAGCAAGGCAGAGAGCUCUGGAUGUGGAGAAGGAGAGAGCUGCAACAGUAGCUCACCUGCCCCCUCCCCCAGCAGACCCUAUAGAGUGUGUGUUGGAGAGUGUGCAGCAGCCUCAGAAGAAGUCGGUUGGGGUGGAGCAGCAGUUCUCGUCCUCUCAGCAUCACCUGCCUGGGACCACCGUGGAGACACACACACUGCAGGCUGAUGCAAAGGCAGCAGCAGAGGAGGAAGCCAGGCGAUUGGAGGAGCUGCAUCAGGAAGUGACUCGUGAUAGGGUGGAGCAGUUGGAGAAGGCGCGGCUUAGAGGGGAACAUGCCCUCAAGAAGGAACAUAUGACCCAGGAGCGGCAGCGCAUGCUGAAUGAUUUGGAGCGAAUGCAGGCAGCUGAUUUGUUGAGAAGGAGGCAGGCCUUGCAUCAAGCUCCGCCCAGCAGGAGCACACACACUCUGCCCUCACACACACUCACACACACACACGGCCUGGCAGACGAACGGCAGAGGAUGUUGGAGCACGCUUUCCAGGAGCUGUACACCGACGAGAAAAGGGUCAAAGGUGACUUGGUGCUGCAGUUGGUGCCAGAGCCGCUUCCUGCCCCCUCUACCAGUAGCCAUGGCAACGACCUGGACUUGACCCUUGAGUCUGAGGUCACUCCUGUGGAGGAAGAGCAGGAGCCGCCCGCAGAGCUGCCCAGCCAACCACACGGUCUACGGAGGCUGUUGGAGAGGAUCAGGUUCCAGAGGGAACACUGGAACACUCGUUCAGUCUCUACAGCAUCUCCUUUGGGUCCGCUAGCCGCUCCCAUGGCAACGCAGCACAGCCAUGAUGCUGCUCCCAUGGCAACGCAGCACAGAGAUGGAACUGUUCCCAUGGCAACACAGCACAGAGAUGGAGAUAUUGCUGUGACAACACAGCACAGUGAAGAUGAUGUCGGCCUAAAUGGAAUGAGCAUCGAGACGGGAUCUCUGACUGGGCUAAGGGAGGAGGAGCCUGUCUUGCCAGAGGAACAGGAACAGAAGUGGAGUCUGGAGCCCCGCCCACAGGAAGAAGAGGAGACACGGCAUCAGCAGGAGAGCACUGCCCAGGCGUACACAGUUGAAGACUCUAAUGUGCAGCGCAUUCAACAGUACCAGCAGCACCUACUGGAACAAAGCAGGCGGCACAAGCAGUGUGUGGAGGAGGCUCGUCGGCGUCUUGAGGAGUACCAGCGCACUCUGACGCUCCGCCAUCACACAGUUACUAUGACGACCACGCCUGCCGCUGGCCGCAUUCUGCCAGCCUCCACCUCUACAUUGCAGGCCUCUACAGUUCCCACGGCAACGUCACCAUCUCCAGCUGUUCCCAUGGCAACGUCACCACCUCCAGCUGUUCCCAUGGCAGCCACAUCCUCCCAUGACACGCACCCUGCACACACACUCACACACAUGCAUGCAGACACACACACACUCACACACAUGCAUGCAGACACACACACCACACACUCAUGGGAGGACACACACACCACACACUCAUGGGAGGACACACACAGCAGUCAGUUUGUCACACACACACCUAGAGUGGACGCCUCCCCAUCCUGCCACACCCCUGCUCUCCCUCAGGUCCUCUCUGGCCACACCCCUGCUCUCCCUCAGGUCCUCUCUGGCCCUGCCCACAUGGAGGGGGAGGAGUCUGUGGAGGACAUUGCUCUGCCGCAUCCUGCUCUGGUGCUACAGGAGUGUGACCCGGUCCAAGCAGAACGUUUGAGCCUGAUGUCCGCGUUGCUCAGAGCCAUCCAGGAUUCCACUCAGUCAGCCAAUCAGAACGCCUGGUCCUCUCAGCUGACCAAUCCCAGCGCCUCCUCUCCUCAACCAACCAGUUACAGCACACUCUCUACACAACUAGCCAACCACAGCUCUCAGAAUGCCCCCUCAGUCCCGCCUCUGACCACUGUGGUAGCUCCCCAUAGUUCAGCGCUACAUGAUUGGCACCAGCUGAGCGCCAUACUAGAGGUGGACACACCUCUCAACUCUACAGUGCCUGAGCAGUCCAUGUUUGAUGUGGAGGAGUCCAGCAGUGUGUCCCUUCCAUGGCACUCAUACUCACACACACACACAGAGGAGAGCAGCAGCCCAGGCAUGCGCACACAUGCAAACACGGGGACACACACGGACACACACACUCACACGGACACACACGCUCACACGGACACACACACACACGCUCACACGGACACACACACACACUCUGGCCGAACCAGCCGCUUGUCCUGGAGGGACACUCUCCGGCCCCAUACAGCUCCGGUCUACACAGGUGUUGCUGCUGGUUCCACCCCGACGCCUGAGACUGAGUUUCCAUCUCCUGUAGAUCCUGGAAGCUUCACCUCCACCAUCUCCACUGGUAGCUACUGCACCAGCUCUGCAGCCACAGAGUCCUCCCUCAGUGCUGAGGCUGGGCCGGGGGUGGUCAGCAGUAUUGGCAUGGCGACGGAACACUGGUUGCCUAGCAGCAGGGCCGAGGACAUCAUCCAGCGCCACCAACUGGAACUCCUCACAUUACUGAACCCACCAGAGAACAGCACAGGGUCAUCUUGGGCUCAUGUGCUUCAGAAUGAACCUGACGUUCAGGAGCUGGCAGCUCCAGAUGACACCUGUAGCUCAGUUGCAGCGGAUUCCAUCUUACAGUCUUCAGUUAGCUUCCUGCCGCUGCAGCCAGAGACCGACUCCUCUCCCUCAUCAUACGGCUCAACACACACACGCACAGCCCAGCAGUGGGAUGACUCUUUGAGCCGUGUUGUUGGCCAGUUGUCAUGCCUUACCACCAGCAGCACCCAAUCAGAUCUCAGCCUCCCACAACACGCCUCCAGCAACAACCAAUCAGAUCUCAGCCUCUCACAACACGCCUCCAGCAACAACCAAUCAGAUCUCAGCCUCCCACAACACGCCUCCAGCAACAACCAAUCAGAUAUCAGCCUCCCACAACACGCCUCCAGCAACAACCAAUCAGAUCUCAGCCAGCUGAUUGGCCCACUGUCCAGCCAAUCAUCUCCGUCUGCCUGUGGAAGGGAGCUUGAUGGGCGGGGCUCCGUUGACCAAGCCCCUCGUCUGAUUGGUCAGACUCCCGGGCAGGAGGCUGCUCAUUGGUCAGCAGAGACGUGGGACUCUGCAAGCCAGCUGAUUGGUCAGAGCCACAGCCUCCACACUGGACCAGCAGCUGACCUGCAGCUGACCUCAGACUCUUUCCAUCCUCUGGAGGCGGAGUUAACUCUUGGCCAUGUGAGUGCUGAUGCGGACGAUGACCCGUCUGUUCUGAGAGGAGACUCCUCCCACCUAUCCCAGCAGGCUGUGCAGCAGUCGCUCUUCCAGACCUCCCUCGACCCCCUACAGCUGUCCUUCUCUGGUCUCCAUGACAACCCCCUACAGCUGUCCUUCUCUGGUCUCCAUGACAACCCCCUACAGCUGUCCAUCUCUGGUCUCCAUGACAACCUGAGUCCUCCAGUAAAACUUGCGCUCCCUGCCAGCCCCGCCCACAGACAACUCAGCCAACCAGAGGAGAGAACAGCGACCACGCCCCUCUGGGACCGUAUACUGGAUCUGGACUGUGGGCGGGGUAUCUUGGAAGAGUCCAUGCUCUCAUUGGUCAGUGUGAGUGAUGUCACACUGAGCAGUUUCCACGGGGAUGAGAUCAAUGAAGGAAGAGAGACGCCCGGAAACGGCUCUCCAACACACACCCCGCACACCCUGCACACACACACAGCACACACACACACCCCGCACACACACACAGCACACACACACACCCCUCACACACUGGAAUCCUCAGGAGAAGACACAGACACACACAUCUCUCACACACACACACAGGAGGAAGAAAACCACAUACACAAACAGAGUGGAGGAGAAAACAACAUUAGAGCACAGGUUCUGUCGUCAAACCCAGAGAACAAGGAGAGUCCGGAACUUUCACUUCAAGCAGCAGGUGAGGGUGUACUGAAGCGUGUGGGAGAGGUGAAGAUCAGCCCUGAACACACACACACGCUCCAGCAGACAAACAGGUUGUGGAACCAGCUGGAGGAAGUGAGGCACAGGAAGGAGAUGCACCGUCGCCAGGCAACCAGUGCUGUCAACCGUCAACGAGCACGAGAGUUCCAGCAGAAGACUCUGCAGAAGCUGCGCUCCAGGCCCACACACUCAGCUGAGCACUGACCCCAACACACACACACACACACACACACACACACACACACACACACACACACACACACACACACACACUCAGCUGAGCACUGACCCCAACACACACACACACACACACACACACACACACACACACACACACACACACACACUCAGCUGAGCACUGACCCCAACACACACACACACACACACACACACACACACACACACACACACACACACACACACACACACUCACACUCAGCUGAGCACUGACCCCAACACACACACACACACACACACACACACACACACACCUGUUUUAACAUGAUUUUAUACAUUAAAGUUUUAUUCAAAUGUU